CAAAAUGGAUAAUCUCUCUACUUUGCUCAUGGUGGCUCUUGUCCUUUGCACCGCCACGCUAACGUGCACCGCCCGCCCCGAACCGGCCGAUUUCCCCUCCUUCACUAUCUCUCCAGCCGACAUACUUAGUCUGGAAAUGAUGGAUUCAAAAUUAUAUGAAGCGGCGGGAGGGAGCUGCGAGAAAGACGAUGACGAAGAUUGCUUGACGAGAAGAACAUUGACGGCUCAUCUCGAUUAUAUCUAUACACAGAAUAACCCUUAGCUAAAUUAUUCUAAUUGUCGUUAAUUUCAAAUCACUUCCACAUGUUACAUAUGUGUAUAUAGAAUCACUGGUUAAUCCUUUUAGGGAAAGUGUUAAAUUAUCACAUGUAUAUAAUUGUAUAGUAUAGAAUCGAGUUUAAAAUA